UCCUCUGGUUUGAGACCGAGAGGGUGCCUGUCUCUUUCUGUCUCACCCAUUUCCCUUCACUCAGGACACCUCUUUCUCUGCAUCUCUUAUCAGUGGCCUUAUCACUGCUUUGCUCAGCUGCCUUCCUUCGGGGGGUGCUGGAAAAGCCAGCGAAGGGAAUUUACCAGGAGGAUAAUGCCCAAUAGUCCAGCUAUCAGUCAUUUUAAAUAACCGAUAUCAUUUUCUCUGCAAAAACAAAUACAGUGGAGUACAGCUACUUCAGCUCGGGGUGUCCUCUUAGUUCUUCUGAAGAUGAGGAGGCAUCGGUUGCUACCACUAUGUGCCCUUCUGGGCAUCCUGUUUGCAGCAGGACUCCUUCCUAAACUCGAUGCCCAAGAAGAUUGUGCACAAGGUUUGGCAGCUGAUAUGUACUUUCUUGUGGAUUCAUCCUGGAGUAUGGGCCAAGAGAACUUUGAGCAUGUCCGACACUUUUUGUACACUUUGAUACAAUCUCUGCACCAGGUCGGAGGAGAAAGGUUUAAAUUUGCCCUUGUACAGUACAAUAGCAGGCCCAACACUGAGUUCCAGCUCAACAGCUACUCAACAAUACAGGGAGUCCUGGCACACAUCAAGGCUAUGUCUUACCGUGGUGGGGGCACGCGGACUGGCCUGGGUCUGGAUUUUCUGAUACGUACACACUUGACUGCGUCUUCGGGCAGCCGUGCUGCUGACGGAGCCAUACAGGUGGUGUUGGUGCUGACAGAUGGCCGCUCUCAGGAUGAUGUUGCCGAGCCGGCUCAGGUGCUGCGGAUCGCAGGCGUGGAGGUGUUUGCAGUUGGAGUUCAGGAUGCAGUGGACUGGGAGCUCAGGGAGAUGGCUAGCCACCCUCACAACACUCAUGUUUUCAGUGUAGACACUUUCCCAGCCUUACAGAGUAUAAUUCAAGAUUUAGUAGUGGGGCUUUGUGAUGCAGUGACCCAGUCGGGGGGGUUUCCUGUGGCAAAUGAGGCCCCUGUGGCUGGAGGAGGGACAGCACAAGACACAGCUGACCUAGUACUCUUAAUUGAUGGAUCACAGAACGUUGGAGCAACAAACUUUCCCUAUGUGCGUGAUUUGGUUUUGAGAAUCAUUGAGCGCCUUGAUGUGGGCAGGGACACUGUUCGGGUGGCCUUGGCCGUGUACAACAGCAGCCCAGAGAUAAAGUUCUCUCUAAAUAGAUUUUACAGCAAAUCCUCACUCUUGAAUGCUGUGAAAAGCCUCAGCUACACAGAGGGCGAUGAAUCUAACCUGGGGGCUGCCUUGGAGGAAGUGGCUGAGAGCCUUUUAAGUGAAACAUCUGGGGGCAGGGCUGAAGAGGGUGUGCCCCAGAUGUUGGUGGUUAUCAGUGCCGGGCCAUCCACUGAUGAUACUGGUGCUGGUGACCGGGCCAUUAAGAGGGCCAAUGUUAUCACAUUCGGCGUGGCGAUUGGUGACACUGCCACUGCAGAUCUGCAAACAGUUGCUACAGAUAAAAGUUUUGUCCUGUCAGCUCCUGAUGUCAGCGAAGUUGCAAACAUUGCUGACCGUCUGCUCCCACAAAUUAACGGGGUGAUCGAUGGCUCUAUUAUAGUUCACACUGAGUUCACAGAAGUUCUAAUGGUUGGAAAACGAGAUAUCAUUUUCCUGAUUGACAGUACAAUGGGAUCAGCAGCCAUCAGCGGUGUACGGGAAUUCAUCAGGAAGUUUGUGCAAAGAAUGCCAAUUGGUCCAGAUGAAGUUCAAGUGGGUAUUGCACAGUUUGGUACGUCCCCGAGACUUGAGAUGGAUCUCAACACCCACGGAAGCAGGGAGGCAAUAAUCUCUGCUUUGGGUGCUGUCAGAGCAAGACAAGGCCAGACAGUCAACAUCGGAGCAGCUUUGAACUUUGUGCGGGAAAAUAUGUUGCGGGCUCAGAGUGGUAGCCGUAUUCAGCGGGGAGUGCCCCAGCUUCUACUGUUGUUCACCAACAAAAGAUCUGCUGACAGUGUGGAAGAACCUGCGAAUGCCCUGAAGCAAAUGGGUGUGUUGACUAUGGCUGCAGCCGCCAGGACAGCUGAUGAGCAGCAACUGAAACAGAUUGCCUUUGCUGAGAAUGUUGUUUUCCUAGCAAAGGACUUACGACCACUGCUUCGAGACCCACAGAAAAUUUAUGAUGCUCUUUCUACACUCGCUGGAGUCGUGGUGAGCGAAUCACCCACUGACUCAGUGGUGGAGAUAACCACAAUACAGACCCAAAAAAUGGUCCGAGACAUUGUCUUCCUUGUGGAUGGCUCGGACUACGUUGGCAGCAGUAAUUUGCCCUAUGUGAGAGACUUCAUGAUCAAUACGAUCAACCAGCUUGAUGUAAGACCUGACAGGAUCCAGAUUGGUCUUCUGCAGUUUGCUCGAAGUCCAAGAAUAGAAUUUUACCUGAACAGCUAUCCCACCAGAGAAGAAGUUGUGGAUAAAAUCUCCCAACUCAGGUUGACUGGAGGCUCAUCUGUGAAUACAGGAGCUGCCAUGAAUUAUGCCCUGACCAACAUGUUUGUACAAUCAGCUGGGUCACGUGGGAGGCAAGGAGUCCAGCAGGUGUUGGUUCUGAUCACAGGUGGUCCACUCCAAGAUGACGUUAAAUCAGUGGCUGAUAAUUUGGCACAGGAGGGUAUUUUGACUUUUACAGUCAGUUCUGGACAAGCAGAUGAGGACCUGCUGAGAUCUGUUGCCUUUGUUCCAACUUUGGCUUACCAUGAAACAAGAUUCUCUGAUUUACCAGCCGUUGCUGAACGAAUCAUGCCAUCACUAAUAACAGUGGUUGGUGAUACAGAUGUGAUAGUAGUCACAGCGGAACCUGUUGCUGGAGCUGAAAGGGAUGUGUCCUUCCUCAUCGAUGGCACUGACAGAGUUCGAGGAGAAUUUAACUACAUACGGGAUUUUAUCAUUAAAGUAAUCGAACCACUUGACAUUGCAGAGGACAAGGUACGAGUUUCAGUGGUUCAACACAGUGAGAGGCCAACUCCUAGUUUUUACCUUAACACUUAUAAAACCAAAGACGAGGUGAUGAGAGCUGUCCAAGGACUUAGAGUGGCUGGCGGACGAAGCUUAAACACCGGAUCUGCUCUGACAUACAUGAAGGACACCAUCCUGUCUGGCAGUUAUGGUGGUCGGGCUUCACAAAAUGUCCCUCAGUUUCUGAUUGUUUUGGCUGCAGACCGAUCUGUGGAUAAUGUGAAGGAACCUGCUGGAGCACUGAAGACAGAGGGAGUUGUACCAUUUGGUGUUGGUGUCAAGGAUGCAGACCCAAAGCAGAUUGAGGCCAUUUCACACAACCCUUCUUUUGCCUUCAACGUUGAAGAAUUCAGUGAGCUCAGCACCAUACCACAACGGCUCAAUAACUAUGUGAACCUGCCAAGGGAAGAGCUAGCUGUUGUUCUACAGCAAGAAUCUCCUCAAAGAGACAUAGUGUUCCUUUUGGAUGGGUCGGAUAAUACACAAAGUGACUUCCCAGCAAUAAGAAGUUUUGUGGAACGAUUGGUAGAAACACUCAAUAUUGGUGAGAACAAAGAUCGCAUUUCUGUGGUUCAGUAUAGUAGUGAACCACAGACACAGUUCAAUUUGAACACCUACAUGGCAAAACAAGAUCUUCUCAAUGCAAUCCAACGUUUGAACCAUAAAGGAGGCAGACCCCUCAACUCUGGGGCAGCUCUUGACUAUGUAAGAAAAAAUGCUUUCACCGAGUCCUCAGGGAGUCGGCAUCAAGAAGGUGUCCCUCAGAUAUUGAUUCUGCUGAGUGGUGGAAGAUCUCAAGAUGAUAUUGCAAGUGCUGCUGCUGCCCUAAAACAGGAAAAAGUUGUUCCAUUCUGUGUGGGUACCAGAAAUGCAGACAUACUUGAGCUCCAAAUGAUUGCACAUAACCCUUCCUAUGCCUUGUCCAUACUUCAGUUUGACAAUAUUGGGAGCAUCUUUGAUCAGCUUGUGUCAUUUGUGAAAAGGGUGCCUCGGCAGCAGCCAAGACUAAAACCACAAAAAGCUUUAGCUCCUGCAGGUCAAAACGAAUCUAUUCAACGUGAUAUUGUGUUUUUACUGGAUUCCUCUGAUGAAAUGCAGAAUGACUUCAAGGCUGUUCUUGGCUUUGUUGAGAGAAUUGUGGAGACUCUCAGUGUGGAUGAGAACGAAGAUCGUGUUUCGGUAGUGCAGUACAGCAGAGAACCUUCUGUCGAUUUUUUCCUGAAUACAUACAGUACACAGCAGGAUGUUGCUGACAGUUUGCGAAGGUUGAGGCAUAAAGGAGGCAGACCCCUCAAUACUGGUGCAGCCCUGCAGUAUGUCAAGGAUAAUAUUUUAACAGCCUCUUCUGGAAGUAGGCACCAGCAGGGUGUCCCUCAGAUUUUGGUUCUUUUAAUUGGUGGACCGUCCAGGGAUGAUGUCAGAAAUGCUGCAGAAAACUUGAAUGAAAUGGGUGUAAUGACUUUUGUGGUGGGAAUGCAUAAUGCAGACAUCCUUGAGAUUCAGUCUAUUUCACAACAAUCAGAUCACACAUUCUAUGUAGAAAAUUCCGGUGCCCUGUCUGAUAUCGACCAACUUUUAAUUUCUACCAUGAAGGAAAUUAAAAACCCUGUCAUCAAACCACCAUCAUACGAUUCCAGCAGAAGAGACGUUGUUUUUUUGCUUGAUGGUUCUGAUUAUUCUCAGCAAAACUUCCCAGAUAUUAUUGACUUUGUACAAAGGAUAACAAUGCUUCUAAACACUGACACAAACAGAGACCGCGUGGCUGUGGUCCAAUAUAGUGACACUGCAGAGAUAGUGUUUAACAUGAGUCGUUAUUCAACAAAGAACGAUAUUUUUGAAGCAAUAAGAGGUCUGAGACACAAAGGGGGUUAUGCUCACAACAUUGGAGCUGCUCUCCAGUAUGUGAAGGAACAUGCAUAUACUCCUAAGUCUGGCAGUAGACUCCAGGAGGGAAUUCCACAGAUUCUCAUAUUAUUGAGUGGCGGACGUUCUGGAGAUGACAUAAGAAUGCCAGUCAGAAUGAUGAAGGAAAUUGGUGUCAUUUUAGUUGCCAUUGGGACAACUAAUGCUGACACCCUAGAACUACAGACAAUAUCUCAUGAACCCAAGUAUGCACUCUCAGUUACUGAUUAUGGAGGACUUCCUAGUGUUCAGGAAGAUGUGCUGGCAUUGUUAAGAGAGGCUUCGCAUCACGCAGAACAAAUUACUCCCACAGUGGGUCUUGAUUCUAAGAAAAAUGAUGUAGUGUUUCUUAUUGAUGGAUCAUAUGACUCACGAAAUGGUUUUGAAGAAAUACGAAGCUUUAUGGAAAAAACUGUUGAAAGUUUAAAUCUGGGAAAUGAUAGAGACCAAAUGGCUGUUGUUCAGUACAGCCGUGAUGCCACUGUCAAUUUCUACUUGAAUUCUUAUUCUUCCAAGAAUGAUGUCCUCAAUUCCAUUAGAACAAUGAGGCAUAAGUUGGGAAGACCACAGAACAUUGGGAAAGCACUGGAGUUUGUCAGAGAUAAUGUCUUUUCUGCAUCAGUUGGAGGCAGACAUGCAGACUUGGUCCCUCAGUAUCUUUAUGUUUUUAGUGGUGGAAGAUCUGGGGAUGAUGUCAGAGGACCAGCACAAUCACUCAAAGACAAUGGAAUAAAGAUUUUUAGUAUUGGAACAGAAAAUGCUGAUACUUUGGAAAUGCAGACCAUCUCCUAUACACCAGCACAUUAUUUUUAUGUCACAAACUAUAAUAAUCUACAAAGCUUAGAUCCGUCACUAGGAGAAAUGUUGAGGGGCACUAAAGAAACAACAGAAUUUCCAACCAUUGAUACCUCUGUGACUGCAGAGGCAGGACUCCAGAGUGCUGAUAUUGUUUUUCUCCUUGAUGGAUCUGAUGAUAUGCAAUCAAGUGAACAACAAACUUUGGAGUUUGUCAGAGAGUUUGUCAAGCAAAUAGAAAUUGGGCCAAAAAAAGCCCAAGUUGCUUUAAUCCAGUACAGCACAGAGCCUACUCCUGAAUUUCUUCUAAACAAAUACUCAUUAAAAGAUGAUAUCAUGAAUCAUUUGAACAAUGUGAAACUGAAAGGAGGGUUCACGGUAAACACUGGUGCAGCUCUUAAUUAUGUAAAAAACAAUGUCUUCACUGCUUCAUCUGGAAGCAGAGCCCUGCAGGGAGUCCCACAGAUACUGAUCCUCUUAAGUGGGAGAAAGUCAAAUGAUGAAAUUUUAAAGCCAGUGGACGGGCUAAGAAAUGCAGGAAUUGUUCUUUUUGGUGUUGGUGUGAAUAAUGCUGAUAGGCUGGAACUGGAGCAAUUAGCUCCUAGAACAAAGUAUUUUAUCACGGACAUUUCUGACUUUCCUCGUGUGAGAGAACAGUUACUCUCAGCCAUUUCUUCUUUCAAAAGAACUGUCAGUCCUGAUGUAGGGUCAAGCUCCAGCAUGAAAAGAGAUAUUGUAUUUCUCAUUGAUGGAUCUGAUGAUGUCAGAAGGAGAUUCAGUGCAAUACUUGAAUUUGUUGCAAGAAUGGUUGAGAGCUUUGACCUAGAUCAAAGAAAAGAUAAAGUUGCUGUUGUGCAGUAUAGCAACAAUGCUGAACUCAGUUUCAAUCUGGAUACUUACAACACAAAAAAUGAUGUCCUUAAGCACAUUGCAAGCCUUAAACCCAAAGGCGGAAGGCCUCAGUAUAUUGGAGCAGGGCUGCAGUUUGUGAAGGAUAAUGUCUUUGUUCCAAAUGCUGGAAGUCGACAUCAUGAAGGAGCCAAGCAGAUACUUAUUGUAUUGGCUGGUGGAAGAUCUAGAGAUUCUCCACGAGGACCAGCAAGUAUGCUUAAAGCUGCAGGGGUCAUUGCAUUUGCGAUUGGAUCAAAAAUGUCCAAUUCAGCUGAGAUGGAAAUAAUUUCCUCAGAUCCAAAUUACACAUUCUCAGUUCCAGAGUUUGUAAAUCUCCCUCGAAUUCAACAAAGUUUGAUGCAUCACCUUAAAAAAAUGGAAGAUGAGGAAAAACCCAAUGGAGUGGUCAGACAGCCAGCAGGGAAGGAUAUGGUGUUUUUGCUGGAUGGAUCUGAUGGUACUAGAACUGGAUUCCCAGCUAUGCGAGACUUUGUCCAAAAACAAGUAGAGACACUGAGUGUGGAUGACGGCAAAGACCGUGUGUCGGUUGUUCAAUACAGCAGAGAUCCAGCUGUCCAGUUCUAUCUGAACACGUACACGACGAAAAGAGAGAUCCUUGACAGUGUCAGAGGUUUGAGGCACAAAGGCGGAAGUCCCCUCAACACUGGAGCAGCUCUCCGGUACUUGAGGGAUAACGUCUUCACGGACUCUGCUGGAAGCAGGCGCCCUGAAGGAAUUCCGCAAGUCCUGAUAUUGAUGACUGGUGGAAGAUCUUUUGACAGUGUUGAUGAACCAGCCUCUGCUCUCAAACAGCUGGGUGUCUUGACCAUUGCAAUUGGAGCCAGAGGCUCUGACAGCAGAGAACUUCAAACCAUAACUGGCGAGCCCACUUCUGCUCUUUCUGUGUCUGAAUUCACUGACCUUCCAAGUGUCCAAAAGCAACUUGAGUCCUCUGUGGAGGCUGCAGUUACUGAAGUCACCCCAGAAUCACCAACUGUAUUUGUUGACACUGCCAGAAAAGAUAUCGUAUUCCUUCUGGAUGGUUCAGAUGGCACAAGGAAUGGCUUCCCUGCCAUGCGUGAUUUUGUACAGAGAGUGGUGGAGAAACUGAAUGUGGGCGAAAACAAAGACCGUGUCUCUGUGGUCCAGUACGGCAGAGAUUCAGAGGUCCAUUUCUAUCUGAACACAUACACCACCAGAGAGGAUGUGGUGGACUCGGUCAGAGGGCUUAGACACAGAGGAGGAAGACCCCUAAACACCGGGGCAGCUCUCCAAUACGUCAGGGACAAUGUCUUUACAAGCUCCUCCGGGAGUAGACGCCUGCAAGGUGUGCCACAGAUACUGAUCUUGCUAACUGGGGGAAGGUCUUUUGACAAUGUAGAUACCCCAGCCUCAGCUCUCAAACAGCAGGGCAUUUUUGUGAUUGGCAUCGGAACAAGGACCUCGGAUGCUAAAGAGCUGCAGAAAAUAUCACAUGAGCCUAGUUAUGCUCUGUCAGUGUCUAAUUUCACUGACCUCCCCAAUGUCCAAGAACAGCUCUCCUCUGUAAUGAGCAAAGUGCUAGUGAGGGCCACGCCUGUGACACCAACAGUGACUGUGGUCAGACAGCCAGCAGGGAAGGAUAUGGUGUUUUUGCUGGAUGGAUCUGAUGGUACUAGAACUGUAUUCCCAGCUAUGCGAGACUUUGUCCAAAAACAAGUAGAGACACUGAGUGUGGAUGACGGCAAAGACCGUGUGUCGGUUGUUCAAUACAGCAGAGAUCCAGCUGUCCAGUUCUAUCUGAACACGUACACGACGAAAAGAGAGAUCCUUGACAGUGUCAGAGGUUUGAGGCACAAAGGCGGAAGUCCCCUCAACACUGGAGCAGCUCUCCGGUACUUGAGGGAUAACGUCUUCACGGACUCUGCUGGAAGCAGGCGCCCUGAAGGAAUUCCGCAAGUCCUGAUAUUGAUGACUGGUGGAAGAUCUUUUGACAGUGUUGAUGAACCAGCCUCUGCUCUCAAACAGCUGGGUGUCUUGACCAUUGCAAUUGGAGCCAGAGGCUCUGACAGCAGAGAACUUCAAACCAUAACUGGCGAGCCCACUUCUGCUCUUUCUGUGUCUGAAUUCACUGACCUUCCAAGUGUCCAAAAGCAAGUUGAGUCCUCUGUGGAGGCUGCAGUUACUGAAGUCACCCCAGAAUCACCAACUGUAUUUGUUGACACUGCCAGAAAAGAUAUCGUAUUCCUUCUGGAUGGUUCAGAUGGCACAAGGAAUGGCUUCCCUGCCAUGCGCGAUUUUGUACAGAGAGUGGUGGAGAAACUGAAUGUGGGCGAAAACAAAGACCGUGUCUCUGUGGUCCAGUACGGCAGAGAUUCAGAGGUCCAUUUCUAUCUGAACACAUACACCACCAGAGAGGAUGUGGUGGACUCGGUCAGAGGGCUUAGACACAGAGGAGGAAGACCCUUAAACACCGGGGCAGCUCUCCAAUACGUCAGGGACAAUGUCUUUACAAGCUCCUCCGGGAGUAGACGCCUGCAAGGUGUGCCACAGAUACUGAUCUUGCUAACUGGGGGAAGGUCUUUUGACAAUGUAGAUACCCCAGCCUCAGCUCUCAAACAGCAGGGCAUUUUUGUGAUUGGCAUCGGAACAAGGACCUCGGAUGCUAAAGAGCUGCAGAAAAUAUCACAUGAGCCUAGUUAUGCUCUGUCAGUGUCUAAUUUCACUGACCUCCCCAAUGUCCAAGAACAGCUCUCCUCUGUAAUGAGCAAAGUGCUAGUGAGGGCCACGCCUGUGACACCAACAGUGACUGUGGUCAGACAGCCAGCAGGGAAGGAUAUGGUGUUUUUGCUGGAUGGAUCUGAUGGUACUAGAACUGUAUUCCCAGCUAUGCGAGACUUUGUCCAAAAACAAGUAGAGACACUGAGUGUGGAUGACGGCAAAGACCGUGUGUCGGUUGUUCAAUACAGCAGAGAUCCAGCUGUCCAGUUCUAUCUGAACACGUACACGACGAAAAGAGAGAUCCUUGACAGUGUCAGAGGUUUGAGGCACAAAGGCGGAAGACCCCUCAACACUGGAGCAGCUCUCCGGUACUUGAGGGAUAACGUCUUCACGGACUCUGCUGGAAGCAGGCGCCCUGAAGGAAUUCCGCAAGUCCUGAUAUUGAUGACUGGGGGAAGAUCUUUUGACAGUGUUGAUGAACCAGCCUCUGCUCUCAAACAGCUGGGUGUCUUGACCAUUGCAAUUGGAGCCAGAGGCUCUGACAGCAGAGAACUUCAAACCAUAACUGGCGAGCCCAGUUCUGCUCUUUCUGUGUCUGAAUUCACUGACCUUCCAAGUGUCCAAAAGCAACUUGAAUCCUCUGUGGAGGCUGCAGUUACUGAAGUCACCCCAGAAUCACCAACUGUAUUUGUUGACACUGCCAGAAAAGAUAUCGUAUUCCUUCUGGAUGGUUCAGAUGGCACAAGGAAUGGCUUCCCUGCCAUGCGUGAUUUUGUACAGAGAGUGGUGGAGAAACUGAAUGUGGGCGAAAACAAAGACCGUGUCUCUGUGGUCCAGUACGGCAGAGAUUCAGAGGUCCAUUUCUAUCUGCACACAUACACCCCCAGAGAGGAUGUGGUGGACUCGGUCAGAGGGCUUAGACACAGAGGAGGAAGACCCCUAAACACCGGGGCAGCUCUCCAAUACGUCAGGGACAAUGUCUUUACAAGCUCCUCCGGGAGUAGACGCCUGCAAGGUGUGCCACAGAUACUGAUCUUGCUAACUGGGGGAAGGUCUUUUGACAAUGUAGAUACCCCAGCCUCAGCUCUCAAACAGCAGGGCAUUUUUGUGAUUGGCAUCGGAACAAGGACCUCGGAUGCUAGAGAGCUGCAGAAAAUAUCACAUGAGCCUAGUUAUGCUGUGUCAGUGUCUGAGUUCACUGACCUCCCCAAUGUCCAAGAACAGCUCUCCUCUGUAAUGAGCAAAGUGCUAGUGAGGGCCACGCCUGUGACACCAACAGUGACUGUGGUCAGACAGCCAGCAGGGAAGGAUAUGGUGUUUUUGCUGGAUGGAUCUGAUGGUACUAGAACUGGAUUCCCAGCUAUGCGAGACUUUGUCCAAAAACAAGUAGAGACACUGAGUGUGGAUGACGGCAAAGACCGUGUGUCGGUUGUUCAAUACAGCAGAGAUCCAGCUGUCCAGUUCUAUCUGAACACGUACACGACGAAAAGAGAGAUCCUUGACAGUGUCAGAGGUUUGAGGCACAAAGGCGGAAGACCCCUCAACACUGGAGCAGCUCUCCGGUACUUGAGGGAUAACGUCUUCACGGACUCUGCUGGAAGCAGGCGCCCUGAAGGAAUUCCGCAAGUCCUGAUAUUGAUGACUGGUGGAAGAUCUUUUGACAGUGUUGAUGAACCAGCCUCUGCUCUCAAACAGCUGGGUGUCUUGACCAUUGCAAUUGGAGCCAGAGGCUCUGACAGCAGAGAACUUCAAACCAUAACUGGCGAGCCCAGUUCUGCUCUUUCUGUGUCUGAAUUCACUGACCUUCCAAGUGUCCAAAAGCAACUUGAAUCCUCUGUGGAGGCUGCAGUUACUGAAGUCACCCCAGAAUCACCAACUGUAUUUGUUGACACUGCCAGAAAAGAUAUCGUAUUCCUUCUGGAUGGUUCAGAUGGCACAAGGAAUGGCUUCCCUGCCAUGCGUGAUUUUGUACAGAGAGUGGUGGAGAAACUGAAUGUGGGCGAAAACAAAGACCGUGUCUCUGUGGUCCAGUACGGCAGAGAUUCAGAGGUCCAUUUCUAUCUGAACACAUACACCACCAGAGAGGAUGUGGUGGACUCGGUCAGAGGGCUUAGACACAGAGGAGGAAGACCCCUAAACACCGGGGCAGCUCUCCAAUACGUCAGGGACAAUGUCUUUACAAGCUCCUCCGGGAGUAGACGCCUGCAAGGUGUGCCACAGAUACUGAUCUUGCUAACUGGGGGAAGGUCUUUUGACAAUGUAGAUACCCCAGCCUCAGCUCUCAAACAGCAGGGCAUUUUUGUGAUUGGCAUCGGAACAAGGACCUCGGAUGCUAGAGAGCUGCAGAAAAUAUCACAUGAGCCUAGUUAUGCUGUGUCAGUGUCUGAGUUCACUGACCUCCCCAAUGUCCAAGAACAGCUCUCCUCUGUAAUGAGCAAAGUGCUAGUGAGGGCCACGCCUGUGACACCAACAGUGACUGUGGUCAGACAGCCAGCAGGGAAGGAUAUGGUGUUUUUGCUGGAUGGAUCUGAUGGUACUAGAACUGGAUUCCCAGCUAUGCGAGACUUUGUCCAAAAACAAGUAGAGACACUGAGUGUGGAUGACGGCAAAGACCGUGUGUCGGUUGUUCAAUACAGCAGAGAUCCAGCUGUCCAGUUCUAUCUGAACACGUACACGACGAAAAGAGAGAUCCUUGACAGUGUCAGAGGUUUGAGGCACAAAGGCGGAAGUCCCCUCAACACUGGAGCAGCUCUCCGGUACUUGAGGGAUAACGUCUUCACGGACUCUGCUGGAAGCAGGCGCCCUGAAGGAAUUCCGCAAGUCCUGAUAUUGAUGACUGGUGGAAGAUCUUUUGACAGUGUUGAUGAACCAGCCUCUGCUCUCAAACAGCUGGGUGUCUUGACCAUUGCAAUUGGAGCCAGAGGCUCUGACAGCAGAGAACUUCAAACCAUAACUGGCGAGCCCAGUUCUGCUCUUUCUGUGUCUGAAUUCACUGACCUUCCAAGUGUCCAAAAGCAACUUGAAUCCUCUGUGGAGGCUGCAGUUACUGAAGUCACCCCAGAAUCACCAACUGUAUUUGUUGACACUGCCAGAAAAGAUAUCGUAUUCCUUCUGGAUGGUUCAGAUGGCACAAGGAAUGGCUUCCCUGCCAUGCGUGAUUUUGUACAGAGAGUGGUGGAGAAACUGAAUGUGGGCGAAAACAAAGACCGUGUCUCUGUGGUCCAGUACGGCAGAGAUUCAGAGGUCCAUUUCUAUCUGAACACAUACACCACCAGAGAGGAUGUGGUGGACUCGGUCAGAGGGCUUAGACACAGAGGAGGAAGACCCCUAAACACCGGGGCAGCUCUCCAAUACGUCAGGGACAAUGUCUUUACAAGCUCCUCCGGGAGUAGACGCCUGCAAGGUGUGCCACAGAUACUGAUCUUGCUAACUGGGGGAAGGUCUUUUGACAAUGUAGAUACCCCAGCCUCAGCUCUCAAACAGCAGGGCAUUUUUGUGAUUGGCAUCGGAACAAGGACCUCGGAUGCUAGAGAGCUGCAGAAAAUAUCACAUGAGCCUAGUUAUGCUGUGUCAGUGUCUAAUUUCACUGACCUCCCCAAUGUCCAAGAACAGCUCUCCUCUGUAAUGAGCAAAGUGCUAGUAAGGGCCCCGCCUGUGACACCAACAGUGACUGUGGUCAGACAGCCAGCAGGGAAGGAUAUGGUGUUUUUGCUGGAUGGAUCUGAUGGUACAAGAACUGGAUUCCCAGCUAUGCGAGACUUUGUCCAAAAACAAGUAGAGACACUGAGUGUGGAUGACGGCAAAGACCGUGUGUCGGUUGUUCAAUACAGCAGAGAUCCAGCUGUCCAGUUCUAUCUGAACACGUACACGACGAAAAGAGAGAUCCUUGACAGUGUCAGAGGUUUGAGGCACAAAGGCGGAAGUCCCCUCAACACUGGAGCAGCUCUCCGGUACUUGAGGGAUAACGUCUUCACGGACUCUGCUGGAAGCAGGCGCCCUGAAGGAAUUCCGCAAGUCCUGAUAUUGAUGACUGGUGGAAGAUCUUUUGACAGUGUUGAUGAACCAGCCUCUGCUCUCAAACAGCUGGGUGUCUUGACCAUUGCAAUUGGAGCCAGAGGCUCUGACAGCAGAGAACUUCAAACCAUAACUGGCGAGCCCAGUUCUGCUCUUUCUGUGUCUGAAUUCACUGACCUUCCAAGUGUCCAAAAGCAACUUGAAUCCUCUGUGGAGGCUGCAGUUACUGAAGUCACCCCAGAAUCACCAACUGUAUUUGUUGACACUGCCAGAAAAGAUAUCGUAUUCCUUCUGGAUGGUUCAGAUGGCACAAGGAAUGGCUUCCCUGCCAUGCGUGAUUUUGUACAGAGAGUGGUGGAGAAACUGAAUGUGGGCGAAAACAAAGACCGUGUCUCUGUGGUCCAGUACGGCAGAGAUUCAGAGGUCCAUUUCUAUCUGAACACAUACACCACCAGAGAGGAUGUGGUGGACUCGGUCAGAGGGCUUAGACACAGAGGAGGAAGACCCCUAAACACCGGGGCAGCUCUCCAAUACGUCAGGGACAAUGUCUUUACAAGCUCCUCCGGGAGUAGACGCCUGCAAGGUGUGCCACAGAUACUGAUCUUGCUAACUGGGGGAAGGUCUUUUGACAAUGUAGAUACCCCAGCCUCAGCUCUCAAACAGCAGGGCAUUUUUGUGAUUGGCAUCGGAACAAGGACCUCGGAUGCUAGAGAGCUGCAGAAAAUAUCACAUGAGCCUAGUUAUGCUGUGUCAGUGUCUGAGUUCACUGACCUCCCCAAUGUCCAAGAACAGCUCUCCUCUGUAAUGAGCAAAGUGCUAGUGAGGGCCACGCCUGUGACACCAACAGUGACUGUGGUCAGACAGCCAGCAGGGAAGGAUAUGGUGUUUUUGCUGGAUGGAUCUGAUGGUACUAGAACUGGAUUCCCAGCUAUGCGAGACUUUGUCCAAAAACAAGUAGAGACACUGAGUGUGGAUGACGGCAAAGACCGUGUGUCGGUUGUUCAAUACAGCAGAGAUCCAGCUGUCCAGUUCUAUCUGAACACGUACACGACGAAAAGAGAGAUCCUUGACAGUGUCAGAGGUUUGAGGCACAAAGGCGGAAGUCCCCUCAACACUGGAGCAGCUCUCCGGUACUUGAGGGAUAACGUCUUCACGGACUCUGCUGGAAGCAGGCGCCCUGAAGGAAUUCCGCAAGUCCUGAUAUUGAUGACUGGUGGAAGAUCUUUUGACAGUGUUGAUGAACCAGCCUCUGCUCUCAAACAGCUGGGUGUCUUGACCAUUGCAAUUGGAGCCAGAGGCUCUGACAGCAGAGAACUUCAAACCAUAACUGGCGAGCCCAGUUCUGCUCUUUCUGUGUCUGAAUUCACUGACCUUCCAAGUGUCCAAAAGCAACUUGAAUCCUCUGUGGAGGCUGCAGUUACUGAAGUCACCCCAGAAUCACCAACUGUAUUUGUUGACACUGCCAGAAAAGAUAUCGUAUUCCUUCUGGAUGGUUCAGAUGGCACAAGGAAUGGCUUCCCUGCCAUGCGUGAUUUUGUACAGAGAGUGGUGGAGAAACUGAAUGUGGGCGAAAACAAAGACCGUGUCUCUGUGGUCCAGUACGGCAGAGAUUCAGAGGUCCAUUUCUAUCUGAACACAUACACCACCAGAGAGGAUGUGGUGGACUCGGUCAGAGGGCUUAGACACAGAGGAGGAAGACCCCUAAACACCGGGGCAGCUCUCCAAUACGUCAGGGACAAUGUCUUUACAAGCUCCUCCGGGAGUAGACGCCUGCAAGGUGUGCCACAGAUACUGAUCUUGCUAACUGGGGGAAGGUCUUUUGACAAUGUAGAUACCCCAGCCUCAGCUCUCAAACAGCAGGGCAUUUUUGUGAUUGGCAUCGGAACAAGGACCUCGGAUGCUAGAGAGCUGCAGAAAAUAUCACAUGAGCCUAGUUAUGCUGUGUCAGUGUCUGAGUUCACUGACCUCCCCAAUGUCCAAGAACAGCUCUCCUCUGUAAUGAGCAAAGUGCUAGUGAGGGCCACGCCUGUGACACCAACAGUGACUGUGGUCAGACAGCCAGCAGGGAAGGAUAUGGUGUUUUUGCUGGAUGGAUCUGAUGGUACUAGAACUGGAUUCCCAGCUAUGCGAGACUUUGUCCAAAAACAAGUAGAGACACUGAGUGUGGAUGACGGCAAAGACCGUGUGUCGGUUGUUCAAUACAGCAGAGAUCCAGCUGUCCAGUUCUAUCUGAACACGUACACGACGAAAAGAGAGAUCCUUGACAGUGUCAGAGGUUUGAGGCACAAAGGCGGAAGUCCCCUCAACACUGGAGCAGCUCUCCGGUACUUGAGGGAUAACGUCUUCACGGACUCUGCUGGAAGCAGGCGCCCUGAAGGAAUUCCGCAAGUCCUGAUAUUGAUGACUGGUGGAAGAUCUUUUGACAGUGUUGAUGAACCAGCCUCUGCUCUCAAACAGCUGGGUGUCUUGACCAUUGCAAUUGGAGCCAGAGGCUCUGACAGCAGAGAACUUCAAACCAUAACUGGCGAGCCCAGUUCUGCUCUUUCUGUGUCUGAAUUCACUGACCUUCCAAGUGUCCAAAAGCAACUUGAAUCCUCUGUGGAGGCUGCAGUUACUGAAGUCACCCCAGAAUCACCAACUGUAUUUGUUGACACUGCCAGAAAAGAUAUCGUAUUCCUUCUGGAUGGUUCAGAUGGCACAAGGAAUGGCUUCCCUGCCAUGCGUGAUUUUGUACAGAGAGUGGUGGAGAAACUGAAUGUGGGCGAAAACAAAGACCGUGUCUCUGUGGUCCAGUACGGCAGAGAUUCAGAGGUCCAUUUCUAUCUGAACACAUACACCACCAGAGAGGAUGUGGUGGACUCGGUCAGAGGGCUUAGACACAGAGGAGGAAGACCCCUAAACACCGGGGCAGCUCUCCAAUACGUCAGGGACAAUGUCUUUACAAGCUCCUCCGGGAGUAGACGCCUGCAAGGUGUGCCACAGAUACUGAUCUUGCUAACUGGGGGAAGGUCUUUUGACAAUGUAGAUACCCCAGCCUCAGCUCUCAAACAGCAGGGCAUUUUUGUGAUUGGCAUCGGAACAAGGACCUCGGAUGCUAGAGAGCUGCAGAAAAUAUCACAUGAGCCUAGUUAUGCUGUGUCAGUGUCUGAGUUCACUGACCUCCCCAAUGUCCAAGAACAGCUCUCCUCUGUAAUGAGCAAAGUGCUAGUGAGGGCCACGCCUGUGACACCAACAGUGACUGUGGUCAGACAGCCAGCAGGGAAGGAUAUGGUGUUUUUGCUGGAUGGAUCUGAUGGUACUAGAACUGGAUUCCCAGCUAUGCGAGACUUUGUCCAAAAACAAGUAGAGACACUGAGUGUGGAUGACGGCAAAGACCGUGUGUCGGUUGUUCAAUACAGCAGAGAUCCAGCUGUCCAGUUCUAUCUGAACACGUACACGACGAAAAGAGAGAUCCUUGACAGUGUCAGAGGUUUGAGGCACAAAGGCGGAAGUCCCCUCAACACUGGAGCAGCUCUCCGGUACUUGAGGGAUAACGUCUUCACGGACUCUGCUGGAAGCAGGCGCCCUGAAGGAAUUCCGCAAGUCCUGAUAUUGAUGACUGGUGGAAGAUCUUUUGACAGUGUUGAUGAACCAGCCUCUGCUCUCAAACAGCUGGGUGUCUUGACCAUUGCAAUUGGAGCCAGAGGCUCUGACAGCAGAGAACUUCAAACCAUAACUGGCGAGCCCAGUUCUGCUCUUUCUGUGUCUGAAUUCACUGACCUUCCAAGUGUCCAAAAGCAACUUGAAUCCUCUGUGGAGGCUGCAGUUACUGAAGUCACCCCAGAAUCACCAACUGUAUUUGUUGACACUGCCAGAAAAGAUAUCGUAUUCCUUCUGGAUGGUUCAGAUGGCACAAGGAAUGGCUUCCCUGCCAUGCGUGAUUUUGUACAGAGAGUGGUGGAGAAACUGAAUGUGGGCGAAAACAAAGACCGUGUCUCUGUGGUCCAGUACGGCAGAGAUUCAGAGGUCCAUUUCUAUCUGAACACAUACACCACCAGAGAGGAUGUGGUGGACUCGGUCAGAGGGCUUAGACACAGAGGAGGAAGACCCCUAAACACCGGGGCAGCUCUCCAAUACGUCAGGGACAAUGUCUUUACAAGCUCCUCCGGGAGUAGACGCCUGCAAGGUGUGCCACAGAUACUGAUCUUGCUAACUGGGGGAAGGUCUUUUGACAAUGUAGAUACCCCAGCCUCAGCUCUCAAACAGCAGGGCAUUUUUGUGAUUGGCAUCGGAACAAGGACCUCGGAUGCUAGAGAGCUGCAGAAAAUAUCACAUGAGCCUAGUUAUGCUGUGUCAGUGUCUGAGUUCACUGACCUCCCCAAUGUCCAAGAACAGCUCUCCUCUGUAAUGAGCAAAGUGCUAGUGAGGGCCACGCCUGUGACACCAACAGUGACUGUGGUCAGACAGCCAGCAGGGAAGGAUAUGGUGUUUUUGCUGGAUGGAUCUGAUGGUACUAGAACUGGAUUCCCAGCUAUGCGAGACUUUGUCCAAAAACAAGUAGAGACACUGAGUGUGGAUGACGGCAAAGACCGUGUGUCGGUUGUUCAAUACAGCAGAGAUCCAGCUGUCCAGUUCUAUCUGAACACGUACACGACGAAAAGAGAGAUCCUUGACAGUGUCAGAGGUUUGAGGCACAAAGGCGGAAGUCCCCUCAACACUGGAGCAGCUCUCCGGUACUUGAGGGAUAACGUCUUCACGGACUCUGCUGGAAGCAGGCGCCCUGAAGGAAUUCCGCAAGUCCUGAUAUUGAUGACUGGUGGAAGAUCUUUUGACAGUGUUGAUGAACCAGCCUCUGCUCUCAAACAGCUGGGUGUCUUGACCAUUGCAAUUGGAGCCAGAGGCUCUGACAGCAGAGAACUUCAAACCAUAACUGGCGAGCCCAGUUCUGCUCUUUCUGUGUCUGAAUUCACUGACCUUCCAAGUGUCCAAAAGCAACUUGAAUCCUCUGUGGAGGCUGCAGUUACUGAAGUCACCCCAGAAUCACCAACUGUAUUUGUUGACACUGCCAGAAAAGAUAUCGUAUUCCUUCUGGAUGGUUCAGAUGGCACAAGGAAUGGCUUCCCUGCCAUGCGUGAUUUUGUACAGAGAGUGGUGGAGAAACUGAAUGUGGGCGAAAACAAAGACCGUGUCUCUGUGGUCCAGUACGGCAGAGAUUCAGAGGUCCAUUUCUAUCUGAACACAUACACCACCAGAGAGGAUGUGGUGGACUCGGUCAGAGGGCUUAGACACAGAGGAGGAAGACCCCUAAACACCGGGGCAGCUCUCCAAUACGUCAGGGACAAUGUCUUUACAAGCUCCUCCGGGAGUAGACGCCUGCAAGGUGUGCCACAGAUACUGAUCUUGCUAACUGGGGGAAGGUCUUUUGACAAUGUAGAUACCCCAGCCUCAGCUCUCAAACAGCAGGGCAUUUUUGUGAUUGGCAUCGGAACAAGGACCUCGGAUGCUAGAGAGCUGCAGAAAAUAUCACAUGAGCCUAGUUAUGCUGUGUCAGUGUCUGAGUUCACUGACCUCCCCAAUGUCCAAGAACAGCUCUCCUCUGUAAUGAGCAAAGUGCUAGUGAGGGCCACGCCUGUGACACCAACAGUGACUGUGGUCAGACAGCCAGCAGGGAAGGAUAUGGUGUUUUUGCUGGAUGGAUCUGAUGGUACUAGAACUGGAUUCCCAGCUAUGCGAGACUUUGUCCAAAAACAAGUAGAGACACUGAGUGUGGAUGACGGCAAAGACCGUGUGUCGGUUGUUCAAUACAGCAGAGAUCCAGCUGUCCAGUUCUAUCUGAACACGUACACGACGAAAAGAGAGAUCCUUGACAGUGUCAGAGGUUUGAGGCACAAAGGCGGAAGUCCCCUCAACACUGGAGCAGCUCUCCGGUACUUGAGGGAUAACGUCUUCACGGACUCUGCUGGAAGCAGGCGCCCUGAAGGAAUUCCGCAAGUCCUGAUAUUGAUGACUGGUGGAAGAUCUUUUGACAGUGUUGAUGAACCAGCCUCUGCUCUCAAACAGCUGGGUGUCUUGACCAUUGCAAUUGGAGCCAGAGGCUCUGACAGCAGAGAACUUCAAACCAUAACUGGCGAGCCCAGUUCUGCUCUUUCUGUGUCUGAAUUCACUGACCUUCCAAGUGUCCAAAAGCAACUUGAAUCCUCUGUGGAGGCUGCAGUUACUGAAGUCACCCCAGAAUCACCAACUGUAUUUGUUGACACUGCCAGAAAAGAUAUCGUAUUCCUUCUGGAUGGUUCAGAUGGCACAAGGAAUGGCUUCCCUGCCAUGCGUGAUUUUGUACAGAGAGUGGUGGAGAAACUGAAUGUGGGCGAAAACAAAGACCGUGUCUCUGUGGUCCAGUACGGCAGAGAUUCAGAGGUCCAUUUCUAUCUGAACACAUACACCACCAGAGAGGAUGUGGUGGACUCGGUCAGAGGGCUUAGACACAGAGGAGGAAGACCCCUAAACACCGGGGCAGCUCUCCAAUACGUCAGGGACAAUGUCUUUACAAGCUCCUCCGGGAGUAGACGCCUGCAAGGUGUGCCACAGAUACUGAUCUUGCUAACUGGGGGAAGGUCUUUUGACAAUGUAGAUACCCCAGCCUCAGCUCUCAAACAGCAGGGCAUUUUUGUGAUUGGCAUCGGAACAAGGACCUCGGAUGCUAGAGAGCUGCAGAAAAUAUCACAUGAGCCUAGUUAUGCUGUGUCAGUGUCUGAGUUCACUGACCUCCCCAAUGUCCAAGAACAGCUCUCCUCUGUAAUGAGCAAAGUGCUAGUGAGGGCCACGCCUGUGACACCAACAGUGACUGUGGUCAGACAGCCAGCAGGGAAGGAUAUGGUGUUUUUGCUGGAUGGAUCUGAUGGUACUAGAACUGGAUUCCCAGCUAUGCGAGACUUUGUCCAAAAACAAGUAGAGACACUGAGUGUGGAUGACGGCAAAGACCGUGUGUCGGUUGUUCAAUACAGCAGAGAUCCAGCUGUCCAGUUCUAUCUGAACACGUACACGACGAAAAGAGAGAUCCUUGACAGUGUCAGAGGUUUGAGGCACAAAGGCGGAAGUCCCCUCAACACUGGAGCAGCUCUCCGGUACUUGAGGGAUAACGUCUUCACGGACUCUGCUGGAAGCAGGCGCCCUGAAGGAAUUCCGCAAGUCCUGAUAUUGAUGACUGGUGGAAGAUCUUUUGACAGUGUUGAUGAACCAGCCUCUGCUCUCAAACAGCUGGGUGUCUUGACCAUUGCAAUUGGAGCCAGAGGCUCUGACAGCAGAGAACUUCAAACCAUAACUGGCGAGCCCAGUUCUGCUCUUUCUGUGUCUGAAUUCACUGACCUUCCAAGUGUCCAAAAGCAACUUGAAUCCUCUGUGGAGGCUGCAGUUACUGAAGUCACCCCAGAAUCACCAACUGUAUUUGUUGACACUGCCAGAAAAGAUAUCGUAUUCCUUCUGGAUGGUUCAGAUGGCACAAGGAAUGGCUUCCCUGCCAUGCGUGAUUUUGUACAGAGAGUGGUGGAGAAACUGAAUGUGGGCGAAAACAAAGACCGUGUCUCUGUGGUCCAGUACGGCAGAGAUUCAGAGGUCCAUUUCUAUCUGAACACAUACACCACCAGAGAGGAUGUGGUGGACUCGGUCAGAGGGCUUAGACACAGAGGAGGAAGACCCCUAAACACCGGGGCAGCUCUCCAAUACGUCAGGGACAAUGUCUUUACAAGCUCCUCCGGGAGUAGACGCCUGCAAGGUGUGCCACAGAUACUGAUCUUGCUAACUGGGGGAAGGUCUUUUGACAAUGUAGAUACCCCAGCCUCAGCUCUCAAACAGCAGGGCAUUUUUGUGAUUGGCAUCGGAACAAGGACCUCGGAUGCUAGAGAGCUGCAGAAAAUAUCACAUGAGCCUAGUUAUGCUGUGUCAGUGUCUGAGUUCACUGACCUCCCCAAUGUCCAAGAACAGCUCUCCUCUGUAAUGAGCAAAGUGCUAGUGAGGGCCACGCCUGUGACACCAACAGUGACUGUGGUCAGACAGCCAGCAGGGAAGGAUAUGGUGUUUUUGCUGGAUGGAUCUGAUGGUACUAGAACUGGAUUCCCAGCUAUGCGAGACUUUGUCCAAAAACAAGUAGAGACACUGAGUGUGGAUGACGGCAAAGACCGUGUGUCGGUUGUUCAAUACAGCAGAGAUCCAGCUGUCCAGUUCUAUCUGAACACGUACACGACGAAAAGAGAGAUCCUUGACAGUGUCAGAGGUUUGAGGCACAAAGGCGGAAGUCCCCUCAACACUGGAGCAGCUCUCCGGUACUUGAGGGAUAACGUCUUCACGGACUCUGCUGGAAGCAGGCGCCCUGAAGGAAUUCCGCAAGUCCUGAUAUUGAUGACUGGUGGAAGAUCUUUUGACAGUGUUGAUGAACCAGCCUCUGCUCUCAAACAGCUGGGUGUCUUGACCAUUGCAAUUGGAGCCAGAGGCUCUGACAGCAGAGAACUUCAAACCAUAACUGGCGAGCCCAGUUCUGCUCUUUCUGUGUCUGAAUUCACUGACCUUCCAAGUGUCCAAAAGCAACUUGAAUCCUCUGUGGAGGCUGCAGUUACUGAAGUCACCCCAGAAUCACCAACUGUAUUUGUUGACACUGCCAGAAAAGAUAUCGUAUUCCUUCUGGAUGGUUCAGAUGGCACAAGGAAUGGCUUCCCUGCCAUGCGUGAUUUUGUACAGAGAGUGGUGGAGAAACUGAAUGUGGGCGAAAACAAAGACCGUGUCUCUGUGGUCCAGUACGGCAGAGAUUCAGAGGUCCAUUUCUAUCUGAACACAUACACCACCAGAGAGGAUGUGGUGGACUCGGUCAGAGGGCUUAGACACAGAGGAGGAGACCCUAAACACCGGGCAGCUCUCCAAUACGUCAGGGACAAUGUCUUUACAAGCUCCUCCGGGAGUAGACGCCUGCAAGGUGUGCCACAGAUACUGAUCUUGCUAACUGGGGGAAGGUCUUUUGACAAUGUAGAUACCCCAGCCUCAGCUCUCAAACAGCAGGGCCAUAAGCUCUCCUCUGUAAUGAGCAAAGUGCUAGUGAGGGCCACGCCUGUGACACCAACAGUGACUGUGGUCAGACAGCCAGCAGGGAAGGAUAUGGUGUUUUUGCUGGAUGGAUCUGAUGGUACUAGAACUGGAUUCCCAGCUAUGCGAGACUUUGUCCAAAAACAAGUAGAGACACUGAGUGUGGAUGACGGCAAAGACCGUGUGUCGGUUGUUCAAUACAGCAGAGAUCCAGCUGUCCAGUUCUAUCUGAACACGUACACGACGAAAAGAGAGAUCCUUGACAGUGUCAGAGGUUUGAGGCACAAAGGCGGAAGUCCCCUCAACACUGGAGCAGCUCUCCGGUACUUGAGGGAUAACGUCUUCACGGACUCUGCUGGAAGCAGGCGCCCUGAAGGAAUUCCGCAAGUCCUGAUAUUGAUGACUGGUGGAAGAUCUUUUGACAGUGUUGAUGAACCAGCCUCUGCUCUCAAACAGCUGGGUGUCUUGACCAUUGCAAUUGGAGCCAGAGGCUCUGACAGCAGAGAACUUCAAACCAUAACUGGCGAGCCCAGUUCUGCUCUUUCUGUGUCUGAAUUCACUGACCUUCCAAGUGUCCAAAAGCAACUUGAAUCCUCUGUGGAGGCUGCAGUUACUGAAGUCACCCCAGAAUCACCAACUGUAUUUGUUGACACUGCCAGAAAAGAUAUCGUAUUCCUUCUGGAUGGUUCAGAUGGCACAAGGAAUGGCUUCCCUGCCAUGCGUGAUUUUGUACAGAGAGUGGUGGAGAAACUGAAUGUGGGCGAAAACAAAGACCGUGUCUCUGUGGUCCAGUACGGCAGAGAUUCAGAGGUCCAUUUCUAUCUGAACACAUACACCACCAGAGAGGAUGUGGUGGACUCGGUCAGAGGGCUUAGACACAGAGGAGGAAGACCCCUAAACACCGGGGCAGCUCUCCAAUACGUCAGGGCCAAUGUCUUUACAAGCUCCUCCGGGAGUAGACGCCUGCAAGGUGUGCCACAGAUACUGAUCUUGCUAACUGGGGGAAGGUCUUUUGACAAUGUAGAUACCCCAGCCUCAGCUCUCAAACAGCAGGGCAUUUUUGUGAUUGGCAUCGGAACAAGGACCUCGGAUGCUAGAGAGCUGCAGAAAAUAUCACAUGAGCCUAGUUAUGCUGUGUCAGUGUCUGAGUUCACUGACCUCCCCAAUGUCCAAGAACAGCUCUCCUCUGUAAUGAGCAAAGUGCUAGUGAGGGCCACGCCUGUGACACCAACAGUGACUGUGGUCAGACAGCCAGCAGGGAAGGAUAUGGUGUUUUUGCUGGAUGGAUCUGAUGGUACUAGAACUGGAUUCCCAGCUAUGCGAGACUUUGUCCAAAAACAAGUAGAGACACUGAGUGUGGAUGACGGCAAAGACCGUGUGUCGGUUGUUCAAUACAGCAGAGAUCCAGCUGUCCAGUUCUAUCUGAACACGUACACGACGAAAAGAGAGAUCCUUGACAGUGUCAGAGGUUUGAGGCACAAAGGCGGAAGUCCCCUCAACACUGGAGCAGCUCUCCGGUACUUGAGGGAUAACGUCUUCACGGACUCUGCUGGAAGCAGGCGCCCUGAAGGAAUUCCGCAAGUCCUGAUAUUGAUGACUGGUGGAAGAUCUUUUGACAGUGUUGAUGAACCAGCCUCUGCUCUCAAACAGCUGGGUGUCUUGACCAUUGCAAUUGGAGCCAGAGGCUCUGACAGCAGAGAACUUCAAACCAUAACUGGCGAGCCCAGUUCUGCUCUUUCUGUGUCUGAAUUCACUGACCUUCCAAGUGUCCAAAAGCAACUUGAAUCCUCUGUGGAGGCUGCAGUUACUGAAGUCACCCCAGAAUCACCAACUGUAUUUGUUGACACUGCCAGAAAAGAUAUCGUAUUCCUUCUGGAUGGUUCAGAUGGCACAAGGAAUGGCUUCCCUGCCAUGCGUGAUUUUGUACAGAGAGUGGUGGAGAAACUGAAUGUGGGCGAAAACAAAGACCGUGUCUCUGUGGUCCAGUACGGCAGAGAUUCAGAGGUCCAUUUCUAUCUGAACACAUACACCACCAGAGAGGAUGUGGUGGACUCGGUCAGAGGGCUUAGACACAGAGGAGGAAGACCCCUAAACACCGGGGCAGCUCUCCAAUACGUCAGGGACAAUGUCUUUACAAGCUCCUCCGGGAGUAGACGCCUGCAAGGUGUGCCACAGAUACUGAUCUUGCUAACUGGGGGAAGGUCUUUUGACAAUGUAGAUACCCCAGCCUCAGCUCUCAAACAGCAGGGCAUUUUUGUGAUUGGCAUCGGAACAAGGACCUCGGAUGCUAGAGAGCUGCAGAAAAUAUCACAUGAGCCUAGUUAUGCUGUGUCAGUGUCUGAGUUCACUGACCUCCCCAAUGUCCAAGAACAGCUCUCCUCUGUAAUGAGCAAAGUGCUAGUGAGGGCCACGCCUGUGACACCAACAGUGACUGUGGUCAGACAGCCAGCAGGGAAGGAUAUGGUGUUUUUGCUGGAUGGAUCUGAUGGUACUAGAACUGUAUUCCCAGCUAUGCGAGACUUUGUCCAAAAACAAGUAGAGACACUGAGUGUGGAUGACGGCAAAGACCGUGUGUCGGUUGUUCAAUACAGCAGAGAUCCAGCUGUCCAGUUCUAUCUGAACACGUACACGACGAAAAGAGAGAUCCUUGACAGUGUCAGAGGUUUGAGGCACAAAGGCGGAAGUCCCCUCAACACUGGAGCAGCUCUCCGGUACUUGAGGGAUAACGUCUUCACGGACUCUGCUGGAAGCAGGCGCCCUGAAGGAAUUCCGCAAGUCCUGAUAUUGAUGACUGGUGGAAGAUCUUUUGACAGUGUUGAUGAACCAGCCUCUGCUCUCAAACAGCUGGGUGUCUUGACCAUUGCAAUUGGAGCCAGAGGCUCUGACAGCAGAGAACUUCAAACCAUAACUGGCGAGCCCAGUUCUGCUCUUUCUGUGUCUGAAUUCACUGACCUUCCAAGUGUCCAAAAGCAACUUGAAUCCUCUGUGGAGGCUGCAGUUACUGAAGUCACCCCAGAAUCACCAACUGUAUUUGUUGACACUGCCAGAAAAGAUAUCGUAUUCCUUCUGGAUGGUUCAGAUGGCACAAGGAAUGGCUUCCCUGCCAUGCGUGAUUUUGUACAGAGAGUGGUGGAGAAACUGAAUGUGGGCGAAAACAAAGACCGUGUCUCUGUGGUCCAGUACGGCAGAGAUUCAGAGGUCCAUUUCUAUCUGAACACAUACACCACCAGAGAGGAUGUGGUGGACUCGGUCAGAGGGCUUAGACACAGAGGAGGAAGACCCCUAAACACCGGGGCAGCUCUCCAAUACGUCAGGGACAAUGUCUUUACAAGCUCCUCCGGGAGUAGACGCCUGCAAGGUGUGCCACAGAUACUGAUCUUGCUAACUGGGGGAAGGUCUUUUGACAAUGUAGAUACCCCAGCCUCAGCUCUCAAACAGCAGGGCAUUUUUGUGAUUGGCAUCGGAACAAGGACCUCGGAUGCUAGAGAGCUGCAGAAAAUAUCACAUGAGCCUAGUUAUGCUGUGUCAGUGUCUGAGUUCACUGACCUCCCCAAUGUCCAAGAACAGCUCUCCUCUGUAAUGAGCAAAGUGCUAGUGAGGGCCACGCCUGUGACACCAACAGUGACUGUGGUCAGACAGCCAGCAGGGAAGGAUAUGGUGUUUUUGCUGGAUGGAUCUGAUGGUACUAGAACUGGAUUCCCAGCUAUGCGAGACUUUGUCCAAAAACAAGUAGAGACACUGAGUGUGGAUGACGGCAAAGACCGUGUGUCGGUUGUUCAAUACAGCAGAGAUCCAGCUGUCCAGUUCUAUCUGAACACGUACACGACGAAAAGAGAGAUCCUUGACAGUGUCAGAGGUUUGAGGCACAAAGGCGGAAGUCCCCUCAACACUGGAGCAGCUCUCCGGUACUUGAGGGAUAACGUCUUCACGGACUCUGCUGGAAGCAGGCGCCCUGAAGGAAUUCCGCAAGUCCUGAUAUUGAUGACUGGUGGAAGAUCUUUUGACAGUGUUGAUGAACCAGCCUCUGCUCUCAAACAGCUGGGUGUCUUGACCAUUGCAAUUGGAGCCAGAGGCUCUGACAGCAGAGAACUUCAAACCAUAACUGGCGAGCCCAGUUCUGCUCUUUCUGUGUCUGAAUUCACUGACCUUCCAAGUGUCCAAAAGCAACUUGAGUCCUCUGUGGAGGCUGCAGUUACUGAAGUCACCCCAGAAUCACCAACUGUAUUUGUUGACACUGCCAGAAAAGAUAUCGUAUUCCUUCUGGAUGGUUCAGAUGGCACAAGGAAUGGCUUCCCUGCCAUGCGUGAUUUUGUACAGAGAGUGGUGGAGAAACUGAAUGUGGGCGAAAACAAAGACCGUGUCUCUGUGGUCCAGUACGGCAGAGAUUCAGAGGUCCAUUUCUAUCUGAACACAUACACCACCAGAGAGGAUGUGGUGGACUCGGUCAGAGGGCUUAGACACAGAGGAGGAAGACCCCUAAACACCGGGGCAGCUCUCCAAUACGUCAGGGACAAUGUCUUUACAAGCUCCUCCGGGAGUAGACGCCUGCAAGGUGUGCCACAGAUACUGAUCUUGCUAACUGGGGGAAGGUCUUUUGACAAUGUAGAUACCCCAGCCUCAGCUCUCAAACAGCAGGGCAUUUUUGUGAUUGGCAUCGGAACAAGGACCUCGGAUGCUAGAGAGCUGCAGAAAAUAUCACAUGAGCCUAGUUAUGCUCUGUCAGUGUCUAAUUUCACUGACCUCCCCAAUGUCCAAGAACAGCUCUCCUCUGUAAUGAGCAAAGUGCUAGUGAGGGCCACGCCUGUGACACCAACAGUGACUGUGGUCAGACAGCCAGCAGGGAAGGAUAUGGUGUUUUUGCUGGAUGGAUCUGAUGGUACUAGAACUGGAUUCCCAGCUAUGCGAGACUUUGUCCAAAAACAAGUAGAGACACUGAGUGUGGAUGACGGCAAAGACCGUGUGUCGGUUGUUCAAUACAGCAGAGAUCCAGCUGUCCAGUUCUAUCUGAACACGUACACGACGAAAAGAGAGAUCCUUGACAGUGUCAGAGGUUUGAGGCACAAAGGCGGAAGUCCCCUCAACACUGGAGCAGCUCUCCGGUACUUGAGGGAUAACGUCUUCACGGACUCUGCUGGAAGCAGGCGCCCUGAAGGAAUUCCGCAAGUCCUGAUAUUGAUGACUGGUGGAAGAUCUUUUGACAGUGUUGAUGAACCAGCCUCUGCUCUCAAACAGCUGGGUGUCUUGACCAUUGCAAUUGGAGCCAGAGGCUCUGACAGCAGAGAACUUCAAACCAUAACUGGCGAGCCCAGUUCUGCUCUUUCUGUGUCUGAAUUCACUGACCUUCCAAGUGUCCAAAAGCAACUUGAAUCCUCUGUGGAGGCUGCAGUUACUGAAGUCACCCCAGAAUCACCAACUGUAUUUGUUGACACUGCCAGAAAAGAUAUCGUAUUCCUUCUGGAUGGUUCAGAUGGCACAAGGAAUGGCUUCCCUGCCAUGCGUGAUUUUGUACAGAGAGUGGUGGAGAAACUGAAUGUGGGCGAAAACAAAGACCGUGUCUCUGUGGUCCAGUACGGCAGAGAUUCAGAGGUCCAUUUCUAUCUGAACACAUACACCACCAGAGAGGAUGUGGUGGACUCGGUCAGAGGGCUUAGACACAGAGGAGGAAGACCCUUAAACACCGGGGCAGCUCUCCAAUACGUCAGGGACAAUGUCUUUACAAGCUCCUCCGGGAGUAGACGCCUGCAAGGUGUGCCACAGAUACUGAUCUUGCUAACUGGGGGAAGGUCUUUUGACAAUGUAGAUACCCCAGCCUCAGCUCUCAAACAGCAGGGCAUUUUUGUGAUUGGCAUCGGAACAAGGACCUCGGAUGCUAGAGAGCUGCAGAAAAUAUCACAUGAGCCUAGUUAUGCUCUGUCAGUGUCUAAUUUCACUGACCUCCCCAAUGUCCAAGAACAGCUCUCCUCUGUAAUGAGCAAAGUGCUAGUAAGGGCCCCGCCUGUGACACCAACAGUGACUGUGGUCAGACAGCCAGCAGGGAAGGAUAUGGUGUUUUUGCUGGAUGGAUCUGAUGGUACUAGAACUGGAUUCCCAGCUAUGCGAGACUUUGUCCAAAAACAAGUAGAGACACUGAGUGUGGAUGACGGCAAAGACCGUGUGUCGGUUGUUCAAUACAGCAGAGAUCCAGCUGUCCAGUUCUAUCUGAACACGUACACGACGAAAAGAGAGAUCCUUGACAGUGUCAGAGGUUUGAGGCACAAAGGCGGAAGUACCCUCAACACUGGAGCAGCUCUCCGGUACUUGAGGGAUAACGUCUUCACGGACUCUGCUGGAAGCAGGCGCCCUGAAGGAAUUCCGCAAGUCCUGAUAUUGAUGACUGGUGGAAGAUCUUUUGACAGUGUUGAUGAACCAGCCUCUGCUCUCAAACAGCUGGGUGUCUUGACCAUUGCAAUUGGAGCCAGAGGCUCUGACAGCAGAGAACUUCAAACCAUAACUGGCGAGCCCAGUUCUGCUCUUUCUGUGUCUGAAUUCACUGACCUUCCAAGUGUCCAAAAGCAACUUGAAUCCUCUGUGGAGGCUGCAGUUACUGAAGUCACCCCAGAAUCACCAACUGUAUUUGUUGACACUGCCAGAAAAGAUAUCGUAUUCCUUCUGGAUGGUUCAGAUGGCACAAGGAAUGGCUUCCCUGCCAUGCGUGAUUUUGUACAGAGAGUGGUGGAGAAACUGAAUGUGGGCGAAAACAAAGACCGUGUCUCUGUGGUCCAGUACGGCAGAGAUUCAGAGGUCCAUUUCUAUCUGAACACAUACACCACCAGAGAGGAUGUGGUGGACUCGGUCAGAGGGCUUAGACACAGAGGAGGAAGACCCCUAAACACCGGGGCAGCUCUCCAAUACGUCAGGGACAAUGUCUUUACAAGCUCCUCCGGGAGUAGACGCCUGCAAGGUGUGCCACAGAUACUGAUCUUGCUAACUGGGGGAAGGUCUUUUGACAAUGUAGAUACCCCAGCCUCAGCUCUCAAACAGCAGGGCAUUUUUGUGAUUGGCAUCGGAACAAGGACCUCGGAUGCUAGAGAGCUGCAGAAAAUAUCACAUGAGCCUAGUUAUGCUCUGUCAGUGUCUGAGUUCACUGACCUCCCCAAUGUCCAAGAACAGCUCUCCUCUGUAAUGAGCAAAGUGCUAGUGAGGGCCACGCCUGUGACACCAACAGUGACUGUGGUCAGACAGCCAGCAGGGAAGGAUAUGGUGUUUUUGCUGGAUGGAUCUGAUGGUACAAGAACUGGAUUCCCAGCUAUGCGAGACUUUGUCCAAAAACAAGUAGAGACACUGAGUGUGGAUGACGGCAAAGACCGUGUGUCGGUUGUUCAAUACAGCAGAGAUCCAGCUGUCCAGUUCUAUCUGAACACGUACACGACGAAAAGAGAGAUCCUUGACAGUGUCAGAGGUUUGAGGCACAAAGGCGGAAGACCCCUCAACACUGGAGCAGCUCUCCGGUACUUGAGGGAUAACGUCUUCACGGACUCUGCUGGAAGCAGGCGCCCUGAAGGAAUUCCGCAAGUCCUGAUAUUGAUGACUGGUGGAAGAUCUUUUGACAGUGUUGAUGAACCAGCCUCUGCUCUCAAACAGCUGGGUGUCUUGACCAUUGCAAUUGGAGCCAGAGGCUCUGACAGCAGAGAACUUCAAACCAUAACUGGCGAGCCCAGUUCUGCUCUUUCUGUGUCUGAAUUCACUGACCUUCCAAGUGUCCAAAAGCAAGUUGAGUCCUCUGUGGAGGCUGCAGUUACUGAAGUCACCCCAGAAUCACCAACUGUAUUUGUUGACACUGCCAGAAAAGAUAUCGUAUUCCUUCUGGAUGGUUCAGAUGGCACAAGGAAUGGCUUCCCUGCCAUGCGUGAUUUUGUACAGAGAGUGGUGGAGAAACUGAAUGUGGGCGAAAACAAAGACCGUGUCUCUGUGGUCCAGUACGGCAGAGAUUCAGAGGUCCAUUUCUAUCUGAACACAUACACCACCAGAGAGGAUGUGGUGGACUCGGUCAGAGGGCUUAGACACAGAGGAGGAAGACCCCUAAACACCGGGGCAGCUCUCCAAUACGUCAGGGACAAUGUCUUUACAAGCUCCUCCGGGAGUAGACGCCUGCAAGGUGUGCCACAGAUACUGAUCUUGCUAACUGGGGGAAGGUCUUUUGACAAUGUAGAUACCCCAGCCUCAGCUCUCAAACAGCAGGGCAUUUUUGUGAUUGGCAUCGGAACAAGGACCUCGGAUGCUAGAGAGCUGCAGAAAAUAUCACAUGAGCCUAGUUAUGCUGUGUCAGUGUCUGAGUUCACUGACCUCCCCAAUGUCCAAGAACAGCUCUCCUCUGUAAUGAGCAAAGUGCUAGUGAGGGCCACGCCUGUGACACCAACAGUGACUGUGGUCAGACAGCCAGCAGGGAAGGAUAUGGUGUUUUUGCUGGAUGGAUCUGAUGGUACAAGAACUGGAUUCCCAGCUAUGCGAGACUUUGUCCAAAAACAAGUAGAGACACUGAGUGUGGAUGACGGCAAAGACCGUGUGUCGGUUGUUCAAUACAGCAGAGAUCCAGCUGUCCAGUUCUAUCUGAACACGUACACGACGAAAAGAGAGAUCCUUGACAGUGUCAGAGGUUUGAGGCACAAAGGCGGAAGUCCCCUCAACACUGGAGCAGCUCUCCGGUACUUGAGGGAUAACGUCUUCACGGACUCUGCUGGAAGCAGGCGCCCUGAAGGAAUUCCGCAAGUCCUGAUAUUGAUGACUGGUGGAAGAUCUUUUGACAGUGUUGAUGAACCAGCCUCUGCUCUCAAACAGCUGGGUGUCUUGACCAUUGCAAUUGGAGCCAGAGGCUCUGACAGCAGAGAACUUCAAACCAUAACUGGCGAGCCCAGUUCUGCUCUUUCUGUGUCUGAAUUCACUGACCUUCCAAGUGUCCAAAAGCAAGUUGAGUCCUCUGUGGAGGCUGCAGUUACUGAAGUCACCCCAGAAUCACCAACUGUAUUUGUUGACACUGCCAGAAAAGAUAUCGUAUUCCUUCUGGAUGGUUCAGAUGGCACAAGGAAUGGCUUCCCUGCCAUGCGUGAUUUUGUACAGAGAGUGGUGGAGAAACUGAAUGUGGGCGAAAACAAAGACCGUGUCUCUGUGGUCCAGUACGGCAGAGAUUCAGAGGUCCAUUUCUAUCUGAACACAUACACCAGCAGAGAGGAUGUGGUGGACUCGGUCAGAGGGCUUAGACACAGAGGAGGAAGCCCCUUAAACACCGGGGCAGCUCUCCAAUACGUCAGGGACAAUGUCUUUACAAGCUCCUCCGGGAGUAGACGCCUGCAAGGUGUGCCACAGAUACUGAUCUUGCUAACUGGGGGAAGGUCUUUUGACAAUGUAGAUACCCCAGCCUCAGCUCUCAAACAGCAGGGCAUUUUUGUGAUUGGCAUCGGAACAAGGACCUCGGAUGCUAAAGAGCUGCAGAAAAUAUCACAUGAGCCUAGUUAUGCUGUGUCAGUGUCUGAGUUCACUGACCUCCCCAAUGUCCAAGAACAGCUCUCCUCUGUAAUGAGCAAAGUGCUAGUGAGGGCCACGCCUGUGACACCAACAGUGACUGUGGUCAGACAGCCAGCAGGGAAGGAUAUGGUGUUUUUGCUGGAUGGAUCUGAUGGUACAAGAACUGGAUUCCCAGCUAUGCGAGACUUUGUCCAAAAACAAGUAGAGACACUGAGUGUGGAUGACGGCAAAGACCGUGUGUCGGUUGUUCAAUACAGCAGAGAUCCAGCUGUCCAGUUCUAUCUGAACACGUACACGACGAAAAGAGAGAUCCUUGACAGUGUCAGAGGUUUGAGGCACAAAGGCGGAAGACCCCUCAACACUGGAGCAGCUCUCCGGUACUUGAGGGAUAACGUCUUCACGGACUCUGCUGGAAGCAGGCGCCCUGAAGGAAUUCCGCAAGUCCUAAUAUUGAUGACUGGUGGAAGAUCUUUUGACAGUGUUGAUGAACCAGCCUCUGCUCUCAAACAGCUGGGUGUCUUGACCAUUGCAAUUGGAGCCAGAGGCUCUGACAGCAGAGAACUUCAAACCAUAACUGGCGAGCCCAGUUCUGCUCUUUCUGUGUCUGAAUUCACUGACCUUCCAAGUGUCCAAAAGCAAGUUGAGUCCUCUGUGGAGGCUGCAGUUACUGAAGUCACCCCAGAAUCACCAACUGUAUUUGUUGACACUGCCAGAAAAGAUAUCGUAUUCCUUCUGGAUGGUUCAGAUGGCACAAGGAAUGGCUUCCCUGCCAUGCGUGAUUUUGUACAGAGAGUGGUGGAGAAACUGAAUGUGGGCGAAAACAAAGACCGUGUCUCUGUGGUCCAGUACGGCAGAGAUUCAGAGGUCCAUUUCUAUCUGAACACAUACACCACCAGAGAGGAUGUGGUGGACUCGGUCAGAGGGCUUAGACACAGAGGAGGAAGACCCCUAAACACCGGGGCAGCUCUCCAAUACGUCAGGGACAAUGUCUUUACAAGCUCCUCCGGGAGUAGACGCCUGCAAGGUGUGCCACAGAUACUGAUCUUGCUAACUGGGGGAAGGUCUUUUGACAAUGUAGAUACCCCAGCCUCAGCUCUCAAACAGCAGGGCAUUUUUGUGAUUGGCAUCGGAACAAGGACCUCGGAUGCUAGAGAGCUGCAGAAAAUAUCACAUGAGCCUAGUUAUGCUGUGUCAGUGUCUGAGUUCACUGACCUCCCCAAUGUCCAAGAACAGCUCUCCUCUGUAAUGAGCAAAGUGCUAGUGAGGGCCACAUCUGUGACACCAACAAUGACUGCUGCAUCACAGGGCCCCAAGAAGGAUGUGGUGUUCCUCGUUGAUGGAUCUGAUAGUGUUGGAAGGGAAUUCCCUAUCAUCCAGGAGUUUAUCCGCAGGAUUGUUGAGAGUCUCAAUGUGGGUGAAAAUAAGAUCCAGGUUGGUGUGGUCCAGUAUGGUGACACUGCUCAGGCUGACAUGUAUCUGAACACAUAUACGACCAAAGAUGGUGUUUUGAAUGGCAUCAGGGGACUGAGGAAGCAAGGUGGAAGACAGCGUAACCUCGGUCAGGCCUUACAGUUUGUCAGUCAGGAUGUUCUGACAGCAGCACGAGGUAGCAGAAAGCAGGACGGUGUGCCACAAUUUGUGAUUGUUGUGUCCAGCGGGCCUUCCACAGAUGACGUCCGUCGUGCAGCAUCUUCUCUCAAACAAUCCAGAGUUCUUCCAUUCAGCAUUGGGACCAGGGACGUGAACCCCACAGAGCUAAGGGUGGUGUCAUAUGUAUCCAAUUAUGCCUACCCAAUAGAUGACCUCCCUGGCCUGUAUACAGUCCAAGAAGAAUUAAUCAACAAACUCACAGAGUUGUCAGAUGAUGAUAUCAACAAGUUGCGUCCAGAGUUCCCAGCUUAUGAAGCAGCAAUACCAUCUGUACCCACGGGAGGAGAAAAGAGGGAUGUUGUAUUUCUUAUUGAUGGUACAACAGCGGUGCGUAGUGAAUUCCCUGCCAUCCGUGAAAUGAUAAGAAGAGUUGUGGACAAGCUGGAUGUAGGCUUGGAUAAGGUCAGAAUUUCAGUGGCGCAGUACAGCGAUGACCCAAAGGUAGAAUUUCUACUGAAUCAGUUCUCGACGAAAAAUGAAGUACUCCAGGCAGUGGCUAGACUUCGAAACAAAGGUGGGAAUAAUCUAAACACAGGACGGGCUCUUGAGUUUGUCGGACGAACCAUCUACCAGAGAUCAGGAGGAAGCCGCCUUGAGGAUGGUGUGCCUCAAUUCCUUAUUCUAGUUACAGCUGGCAAAUCUACUGAUGAUGUGUCCAGAUCAGCUGAUGAACUCAAGAGAAACCGGAUAGCACCUCUCGCCAUUGGUUCAAGGAAUGCAGACCAAGAUGAACUGAGACAGAUUUCCCUGAAGCCAGAGCUUGUAUAUAAAAUUGACAGUUUCCGAGAGCUUCCAAGGGUGGAGCAAAAACUAAUUGAUUCAGUCAAAACAAUAUCCACUGAUGAUAUCAUCGGCAGUUAUGUUCCUGUCCCAGAAGUCCUAGAUCUUGGGAAAAAGGACAUUAUUUUCCUGAUUGACGGCUCAGAUAAUACAGGUCCUGCAGGGAUUACUCAUAUCCGUGACUUCAUUCUCAGAAUCGUUCAACAGCUUGAUGUGCGGCCUGAUCAAAUUCGUGUCGCUGUUGUCCAGUAUGCAGACAACGUUAAAACAGAAUUCUCACUCAACACACACAACAACAAGCCAGAUGUUAUCUCUGCUAUUAAAAGCCUUCGUCAGAUGGGUGGACGAUCAUCAGACCUGGCCGACGCUAUUGAUCAUAUCAUGCGCGCUGAAUUAAGAUCCUUUGCUGGUGCUCGUCCAACUGAGGCCUCCCAGCAUCUUGUGGUUCUCACAGGUGGACGUUCACCCCAAGAUGUUUCCAUCUAUGGACCUAUGCUCAAGACCUCCCGGGUUAACUGCAUUGGUAUUGGUGCUGGUAAUGCUGAUGCAAGGCAGCUAUCAGCAAUUACCACCACCGCAGAUGAUGUCCUUCAGGUUCCCACAUUCCCAGGCUUGCCAACAAUAAAGGAGAGGUUUAUUAAAAGGUUGAGUGGGUCUGCUUUUGAGCACAUUGACGAAGACACUCCAACACCAGGUUUGCCUCCAUCUAAAAAGGCUGAUAUAGUGUUUUUGGUGGAUGGCUCAAUUAAUGUGGGCCGGGACAACUUCAGAGAAGUCAUGGAUUUUAUCAGCAACCUGAUUGAUCUGUUCUACACCGAGAGAGACAACCUACAGAUUGGCUUGGCACAUUAUGCUGAAGAUGUGAAUGAUGGCUUUUACCUUAACACACACAGUAACAGGGAUGACAUUUUAAACACUAUUGGUCAAAUAGAGUACAAAGGUGGACGUAGACUCAACACUGCUGCGGCCCUUCGCACUAUUCAAGAUGUUUACUUUUCUAAAGAAAGGGGAAGUAGGGCUGAUGAGGGCACUCCUCAGAUUCUUAUAACUAUCACUGGUGGAAACUCAGCUGACGACAGUAAAUCAGCAGUCCUUGGUUUGAAGAACAAAGGUGUGAGAGUCUUUGCUGUGGGAGUGGGCACCAUUCAGAAUGAGCUGGAAAACCUGGCAAGUGAACCCUCCAUGGUGGCUCGAGCAAGUAAAUUUCAGGAACUCUCAGAGCUCAAUGAACAAAUCCUGGAAACGCUGGAUGAUGAAGUAAAGGGGAAGCUGUGUACCAGUGUGACAGAAGCACCCAAAACCUGCAAUAUAGAAGUGUUGGUUGGCUUUGAUGUGUCUGCCCAGAACAUCUUCAGUGCUCAGACCAACCUCCAAAGCAAGAUGGGUGCUAUUUUGCAGAGGAUUUCCAAAAUGGCACCCAUCAGUUGCUCAGCUGGGCAGAUUCCCGCUGUUCUAGUGGGCAUGCUGGCCAUGGAUUCUGCCUCUGAGCCUGCGCAGAUAGACUUCACAACUAAUCCAGAUGAGCUGUUUGAGGCCUUCAUAGCCUUGCGGAGUCGCGGCCCCUUUGUUCUCAAUGGCAAGACUAUAUCAGCUUACACCAACAGGUUCAAAGUCAGACAGGACGACACUGUCAAGAUUGUCAUUCAUCUGACCGAUGGUAUUGAUGCGCCAUAUGCUGAAAUGAAAAGGCGAGUUGAGGAGCUUCGGCUGUCAGGAGUGACCAGUUUCAUUCUGGUUGGGCUGGAGCGGGUACCCAAGUUUGAGGAGGCUUUGCAGUUAGAAUUUGGUCGUGGCUUCAGGUAUACCAGACCCUUAAGACUGAACGUCAUGGACCUGGACUAUGAGCUUAUGGAAGAACUGGACAAUAUUGCAGAAAGGGAGUGCUGUGGAGUGCCAUGCAAAUGUACCGGAAACAGAGGAGACAGAGGAGCAGUUGGACAGCCAGGACUAAAGGGUAGUCCAGGAUUACCAGGAAGUCAAGGACAUCCUGGAGAUGAGGGUGGACCUGGAGAAAGAGGUCCUCCUGGUGUGAAUGGAACUCAGGGCUUCCAGGGAUGUCCUGGACAGAGAGGAGUCAAGGGCUCUCGUGGGUACUCAGGAGAAAAGGGUGAAGCUGGAGAACUUGGUCUUGAUGGCAUCAAUGGAGAAGAGGGCAAAAGUGGAGUGGCUGGCCCUCCUGGAGAAAGAGGAAACCCAGGCAGAAGAGGUCCUAAAGGUGCCAAAGGACAAGCAGGAGACAGAGGACAAAUGGGAAUCAGAGGAGACCCUGGAGCAACUGGACGAGAUAACAACCAGGGAGGACCUAAAGGAGAUCCUGGUGACGCUGGACCAGCGGGAGAGCCUGGCCAGGAUGGAAAGAGGGGAGGCCCUGGUGAACCUGGAAGAAGGGGACCUGAUGGCAGAAGAGGCUCACCUGGACAGGCUGGAGGUGCUGGAAGGCCAGGAGCUCUUGGUGUACAGGGAGAGCCUGGUAUUGAAGGAUCUAGAGGUAAACCCGGACCAAUUGGUGCACCAGGAAAAAAAGGAGAAGAUGGAAACCCUGGACCAAGAGGUCCUGGAGGUAUCCCAGGUCCUGCUGGAGAGAAAGGCAGAAGAGGACCCCCUGGUCGCAAGGGAGAGCCAGGAGAUUCAGGACCUAAAGGUGCUGUUGGACCACCCGGCCCCCAUGGAGAGCCUGGUAUGGACGGUAGAGAUGGUUUUGGUGUUCAAGGGGCUAAAGGAAGAAAGGGAGAUGAAGGAUUCCCAGGAUUCCCGGGACCCAAGGGAGCAGCUGGAGAUCCUGGCACCUCGGGUGGACCUGGACCCAGAGGAAAUCGUGGACAGAGGGGAGACUCUGGGAAUGUUGGUCCACCUGGACAGAAAGGAGAAGUUGGAUAUCCUGGGCCAUAUGGUGUGAAAGGACCCAGAGGACCAGGGGCUGUGCAAUGUGACCUGGUCACAAAGAUCAGAGACAACUGCCCUUGCUGCUUUGGUAAGCAGGAAUGCCCGCUCUACCCCACCGAGCUGGCCUUUGCACUUGACAUCUCUCAGGGUCUUGGCCGUCCAGUCUUCAACAACAUGCGUGACACAGUCCUGAACCUGGUCAAAAAAAUUACCAUCGCUGAAAGUAACUGUCCCAGAGGAGCUCGUGUUGCUUUGACCCUGUAUAACAAUGAAGUUACCACUGAGGUCCGGUUUGCUGACGCCAUGAAGAAACGCGCCCUAGUGGAACGCAUUGAAGGCCUUCAGAUCCCACAGACAAGAAAGCCCCGCAGUUUGGAAACAGCCAUGAACUUUGUGGCCCAGAAUACAUUCAAGAGGGUACGCAGUGGUUUCCUCAUGAGGAAGGUGGCCAUCUUCUUUGUGGGUGAUCAGGUUGGUCGGGCACAAGGAAUUACUAAUGCUGCCCUCCGCCUCCACAACGCUGGAAUUGCCACUUUGUUGCUGGUUAGACAGGAGGACAGAGCACUCAGCAGAGCAGUGCAGUCCAACAACACAGCACUGGCCCAGGUCAUUGUCCUUCCCAACGCUAAUAGUCCACAGUACAAGUCAGUCAUCCAAAAGGUUAUGAACUGCCACGUCUGCUUGGAUUUCUGCUCUCCAGACCAAAUCUGUGACUAUGUUCCCCCAACGGCUGGCCGAGAUAGGAGGUCUUCCACCUCAGAUGUGGACAUUGACAUGGCUUUCAUCAUGGACAGCUCUGAGUCUACUUACCCAACUAUCUUUGCCGAGAUUAAACACUACAUAGCUUACAUGGUGGAGCGGCUUCACAUAUCUUCCAAUCCCACAUCAUCUGUUCACCACGCCAGAGUGUCUGUGAUCCAGCAAGCACCAUACGAGUUCAUCAACAACAAAACUGGAUCCCCCAUCCACGUUGACAUCGGCUUGACUGAGCUCACCUCAGCACACGAUAUCGUCAAAUUCCUGGUGGAGAAGACGCCCCAGUUGGAGGGUGGCCGGGCACUCGCACAGGCUAUCGAAGAGACCGUGGAUCAAGUGUUUGAGAAGGCACCUCUCCAACGUGACAGAAAGGUACUCGUACUGUUUGUGACAGGAAGUGUGGAAGAAGAUGAGGAGCAGCUGGUGCGCAUUGCCACUGAGGUCAAGUGCAAAGGCUACUUCCUGGUCAUCUUUGCUGUGGGUGACACACUGAGUGCUAAGGAUGCCCGUGUCUUGUCGAGCAUGGUCAGUGAGCCUACAGAUGUCUUCUUCAAGUGGGUGCAGGGUAGCUCACGCUUUUAUGACACAGACAUCCGGACCUUUGGCCAGCUACUGCCCAAGUAUAUCAGCAUUGAAAAUGCAUUGUACAUGUCCCCUGAAGUCGCCAAAAACUGCACGUGGUUCCAGAGUGACCAGCCACUGAAAAACCCCUUCACAUCAUCACAGGAAGUAGAGAAACAUCAGAAACAUCAUGAAAAUCAACAAGCAGUCCAUGAAAGAAAGCACAAGGAUGCAGAAGAGCUGCACGUCUCUAAUGUCACCUCCAGCAGUUUGAAACUGCAUUGGAACAGGCCAGACCCCAAGCUCUUCGUCUACUUCGAAGUUGUUGUGGUGAGGCUGGCCGACCAUAAACUGGUGCUGAAGACCAACGUGUCGGGUACAGAGCUCUCUGUGGACAACUUGGAAAGUGCUCAGACAUACCAUGCUGUAGUCACAUCCUACACAGCAGAGGGUCAGAUUGUCUCUACCCUCAAAGGUGUCAUUAGUACAAAAGCAGCUGAGCAUAAGCCUGUCAACCUCAACACUACAAGUACUACAAAUACCCCACCGCUGGACAAACCAGAAACUGUUAAUGAAUUGGCAGACCCAUGCUCGCUUGACUAUGACGCUGGAAUGCCGUGCAAAGACUAUGAGGCUAAGUGGUUCUUUGACAGAAAGAACGGGUUCUGUGCACAGUUCUGGUAUGGAGGUUGUGGAGGAAAUGAAAAUAGGUUCGACAGUGAGGCCCUCUGCUUGAAAAACUGCAUGAGGUCAGGUAAGUGGUUGAUGCUGCCAGCAUCUCUGCGGGAGUGUGCCGUCACCUGGUUUAAUGCAGCGUGCGCCUCGACUGCAUAUGCAGAGAUAACGACUUUUAUCACCAGAGACUGUGCAGGUCAACUCACUUUGAGCCAGUUUCAGGUGGCCACUCCAGGCAGUAGCGUGGCAGAGCCUCAGCCAAAGGUGAAGCAGGUUGAACAGGUGGACGUCCUCCCAGAUCCUGCUGCAUCUACACCCGUGGAAAUUUGCCAGCUUCCCCAAGAGGAAGGUACGUGUGCCAAGUUUGUUCUCAAGUGGCACUACGAUGCAGCCAACAAGAGCUGCAUACGCUUCUGGUACGGCGGCUGCGGUGGAAACCAGAAUCGCUUUGACACUCAUGAGCAGUGUAUGAAGGCUUGUGGAAAACCAGCACCAGUGAACCAAAGAGUCAUCGCUACAAUAAGAACAUAGGACGAAGGGGACAGACGUGGCCAGCUUUUACCAGCAUUUAGGGGAUUCUGAGGAAAACCAUCCAAAAUGGCCAAAGUCAAUGGUGGCUGCACUGGAUUCCACAAACAUGGACUUUAUCCCCAAAAUUCUUGAAGUAGUCUUUUUCACAACAAGAAGGAAGCAACACAAUUUGCUGCAUGAUUUGUUUUAACCUCCUGGUGCUACAUGAUAUGUUUGUUUUACAGAAGGAGUUGUUGAGUGCAUUCAGUUAAAGUCAAGUUUUCUGGAACAAUUGCGGUUCGCAUAGUUUUUAAAAUGCAGUUUUAUGAUUAAACAAGAAACAUAUAUGAAUAUCUUGGACAGAGAUGAGCAGUAAAUCAGUACAUGAAGGAUUUUAAAGCAGUAAUCUUUUUUUUUUUAUAUUGUGGUUAAGUUUUUUUUACAUUCCACAUUCACAUAGCAACAUUGGCUUAUAUUAUUUUAAGCUCACUUCAUCCCUGUGGAAUCAUUACUUCAGUAUUUCACUGUCACCACAGCAAUGUUUACACAAGUCUGGUGUGGCGGUGUGUGUAUGUAAAGACAUCGACCAACUGCUGGGAUACAAACAUUAAUGUAAUGUUAAAUGCACUUCUGGAUCCAUUGCCUCAAACACAAGAUUUCCACUUAUUGAGAAACAGAAUGUACUUGUCGAGCUGUUUUUAUUUUUUGUUUCAUUUUGGAUUUACAGAAAAUUGUGUUCCAUGUCGGUAAGGGCGAAAUAAAAAGGAAUUAGACUUUCUAAUAA